AUGCAAGCAUCACCAAACCCAACGACCACAUUAUGGGCUUUAUUAAAUCUUCCUGGCUUGCUUGAAAAAGUGGAUGCAAAUGAAUUUCAGGUGCCACGUAUACGGGAGUAUCACGACUCACUAUUCCGUCUUUGACAUUAAAAAUUACUUGGUUUGUAAGUCGAGAGACCGACUUAAGCCAAAGUCGGCCAGUUCACAAACAACAGGGCAUUCAACAUAAGCUUCGGCAAACUCAUCUUCAUUAAAGGAUGUGCUGCUUUAGUGUUCAUUUAAAACUAAUAUGAUUCCUGGAUUCAGAUCUCGGGGAGCGAUAUUCUUGCCGUGCAAAUGUUUCAAACCUGGGACGACAUCUUUGGCACAUGUUGGCAGCAAGUCUGCGAAGGAGGGUAAGUCAAACUCGUUGUCUAUGAAAUGGACAAAAUCUUCUGGAGUGCAAAGGCUUUUUGCAACUCCAAACGGGCGAAAAUCGAAGCAAGAAUACCCCCAUCAUUAUUUAGUAUGGUUCUUCACAUAAUCCUUAGAACAAGAUUAUGUUCCUGUGGCCUUCUGUACUGUUCAACAGUAUGGUUUCUUUCACGAAACUGGAUUUCGAGUCAAUAGACUCGACAUUAUUCUUUUUGGUAACCACUUUUUCCUUUAUAUUUUCCUAGUUAUACGGACUCAAAUGUACCGGAAACUAACCUCUAUUCUUUUUCGAAAAGUUUCCACUCAAACUUCGACAACUCUGGAUCCUUUCUUUUCGGACUUGUUAGGAUUUUAAAGGUCGCUCAUACGCGUUUUACUAUAUAGAAUCCAGUCCGCGUUUUACUAAUAUAGAAUCCAGUCCGCGUUUUACUAAUAAAGUCCAGUCCGCGUUUUAUUAAUAGAGCCCAGUCCGCGUUUUACUAGUGCAGUCCAGUCCAUGUUUUACCAGCUCAGUCCAGUCCGCGUUUUACCUACCUUGGUUGCCAGUGGUUCUCGUAUCUUUCGCUUUAUUUCUGCUCGUAUUUAUUUUACGCGAGGCGAAGAGAACCUCUGGUGGCACGCGAUACAAAUUUCACUUCCUUUAGUACAAGAUUUGUACCAAGCACAUGAUUGGUUAGUUAUAAUUAGCAGUCACAUGAAGUAAUGUGAUUGGCUAGAAAAAAAACCUGUUCAUAAAUUUCAGAGAACUUGAUGUAAACAAAAUACAGAAACAAUACGAACAUGUUAAAAUGCUUUACUUUGUUCUGAUCGUUAUUUGAGAUUAAAGGACAAUGGCAACAAAUUUUUUUAUUGUCUGUAUUUAUUAAGCUUACUAAUGGAAUACUUAAUUUCAUAUUUUUGUUUGUCUAUUGCAUUUAGUUGUUCAGAUAAUUUGCGAAAAUGUUUAACAAAUUUUAACAGUCGUCCGCCAUCUUGGGAAAAUUCCGCGUAUGCUAAUUUAUGCAUGAAUACAUUUCGUGACGUAGAUGGCAGGGUAAACGCAAAUCCCACAGUAUAAGUUACACUGUAACAACGUUGAGAAUUGGAAGAAAAUGUUUACACAAAAAAUACAGAUACGUUGCAACGUGUAUUCAUAGUUCAAUAAUGUGUAGCAGCUUACUACCAAUGAUCUGUGACUGUCUUUUCGACAGUAAGCGUAUAUUUGCGUUGUAAAAUGCGCUUAGACAUUGACUCCGGUUAUGGUAGUUCUGCUGUUCCAAUUACAUAUAUCAUAUAUUCCAAAUGUAUGUAUAUAUGUAUAGCAUAUACAUUUAUGUAUGUGCAUGCUCUGUUGCAGAAAUAUAGCAAUAAUUUGCAUUGAAAUAAAAGAUUCUACUGAGUAUUUAGUGUUUCAAAGUGUUGUUAUUAUUAUUAAUACAAAAAUAAUUCAACCAAUUAACUGGCGGAACUGCAACAAUGUUGCAGUGGAUAAUUCUAGCUUCAGAUUUCACAACUAUUAAUUGUUUUUAAAACUAAGCAGGCUUUCAAACGACAUUGCUAUGCUAGUGAAAUAGCUGUUAUCUCACAAACAAGAUUUGCCUCUUCUGUAAUGUGUAGUGUCGCGCAAGUUAGACAUUGCGCAAAUUAGUAAAUUGACAUUCAAGGUCAGUAUGGGAUUUUCCCAGACAAGAGAUAAGUGUAAAAUAACUAUAAUCUGGUUAUAUGUUGUGAUGUAUUUUUACAUGUAGUUUUACUUGGUUGUCAUUUUAUAUACUAGGUAAAUACAUAUGUACUGUAGUGUAUAGUUCCCAAUAUUAUCAAUAUUUUCAUUGUUAUGUAAAAUACCCUAAAUUCACGUGUGGGAAUAUAUAUCACCGAAAUUGCAAAUAUUAUAUAUAUAUAUAGUCAGCUCUGAGUACGGCUUGAAUAACGAAAAGAUCUAGAUUGUUCAUGUAAAACGUAAGGUGCACUGCAAAACAUGUAUUGCCGUCUACGGUUGUAAUAGUGACAGCUAACACACAAGUGAAAUCUGUUUCUUCAAUUUUCCAAAGGGCAAAUCGGUAGAUGAUGUAGAUCAGCAAUAUAGGAGAAAAGCGUGGAUUGAAUUAUGUAUCAGCGCAAAGCAUUAAACCAUCGUCGCGACGAUGUGACUAGAAUAUAUGCUCACUUCAUUUUGCCGAAGACGCGUAUGAACAAGGGCAGUCGCCAAAGUUUUUAAAACGAAUACAGUGCAAUGAAACGUUUAGAAUACAAUUGAAAAGGGAAGCGUUGCCAAGUAAUAACUUUACUUACAGUACAUACUAGCUUCAAUUGCGGUAUACUAUUUCUACAAUGGAUUGACAUAAAAAGACACAAAACAGCGCACGCGGCACGCAUUAUACGCGUGCACCUAAUAUACAAUACUUAUAUAUAACGGCAUGGUCUACAUUCAGUACACCGUUGAAAAUAAAAGAAAUCCAUUAAAUAAAUGAUUAUAAGUAAACCACAAACCAAAGGUCCAAGACGCAUGUAGAGGUCCUAUAUUUAAAUCUAUCCCAAAAUUAAAAUAUUGCUUGUUUUUCUGUUACUUCUGGUUCAUAUUGGUAUGAUAACACUUCUCCUACCUGGUUCUCGUGAAUAUUUUCCAUUAAAAUGACUCAAAAGCAUUAAUUUUUUGAGAAAACGUAUUAAAAUCUCGAUACACGCUAUACAAAAUUAUAUUGUUGUUUUGAUUCUACCCUGCCAUUACGUCAUACGGGUCAUAUUACCCAAAAGAUAAUUUUUCGCAAAUACGAGCCAAGAUGGCCGACGAUAUAUAAAUUAACAGUGAAAUAACAUGCAUAUAACUCCUGACCAAAAAUGUUUGACACGGUAUUAAUAUCAUAUUUAUAGUUAAAUGAAGCAACACUUUUAAUAUAGACAAUAAAAAUUUUUGUUGCCAUUGUCCUUUAACUUUAUAGUUUGUUACGCUACGAACUUUAAAAGAUUUUUUGCGCUGGAGAAGAGCUGCCAUCGCGGCAUGACUUGAGAUGACGGGAUGACAAUGACAUGUUCACUCUAUUAAUAUUUGUAAAAUAUAAAGUGAUGCCCUUGCUUAUGAUCGUUCAAAGUUUUAAAUUUUUGUAAUUCUUUGACUUUAAUAGUUUUUUUCAUAUUUUUUACAUAAUUUAUUUUGCCAAUAUAUUUUGUCGUCCUUUAAAGGAGCAGUGUCACAUUGUGCGCACCCCUGCUGCGCAUAACAAUAACGGGUUCGGAAACUGUCGGAAAUUGCUCGGACGACAUAAUCCGCCAUUGUUUCGAAGCUGUAUAAUGAAUUCUGAGGUAAGUCAAAAUAUGCAUAUUUUACAUAUUAUUUUGUAAAGCAAUACGAAUCUAAUUGAACAGUGAUAUAUCCGUUUACAUAGGGAAAUCGUUGUGAUUGUAAGAGUUCUUGCAGCACUAAAAGAAAGCCUAAUGGAACCCGAGGUUGUCCGUGUAAAGGUAGAAAUGUAGUGUGUUCGGCAGAAUGUCAUUGUGGCACGCGUGCAAAACCUUGCCAAAAUAAGGUAAAGCAAUCUAAACUUUUAUAUGUUCACAACUUUGUUUAUAUUCCAGGAAUUAUAAUAAAUAAUUUGUCUGAUUUUGGUAUAGGGAACGGCCGAUGAAAGACAAAAACGCAAAACAGCAGGAAAUCCAAGACAAGGUUUUCGCCUUACUCACGCAACUACAGAGUCGGAGGACAUGCAAAGGGAAAAAGAACACGAAAAUGUGAAGGUAUGUACUUCACCUUAAAAUAAUAUUUAAUUAUAUAAAAAUAACAAUUGAUGAUUUCAUAUUAUUAUUACACAUAUAAUAACAUAACCUAUACAGUAUACAAUGUCUUGUCCGGGUUUUGCAUUGAUAACAAUCUUGUUCUACUGUAUUUAUUUUAGAAACUGAUAUCUACACUAGACGCAAAUAUGGUGAAAAAGCUAGCUAUUCGUAGUUUACGCAGAGGUAUUGGCA